GAUGGCUUCUACAUGGAAAUGCUUUUGUAUUCUCUUCCUUCAUCUACAGUCAUCUGCCUGUUUCCACCGACCGCUUGCUAACAGUACUGCUGCUUCUCUAGUUCAAGAUGAAGGGAGCAAUGGAAGGAUGAAGAAGGAGGAACACUUUGUACUUGCAGAGGAGCUGCAGUCUCCUGUUCAGUCUCCACAUGUAUUACAGAGGAAGUUACUUCAAACAUCAGGAGUUGCAGUUCCUUUCCCCCCUCUUAAGGUAUUGUCCAAUGGAGAGCCCUGUGUUCUGUUCCAGGCCAGGAAACUGUCUCUCCGUUAUGAGAAGCAGAAGCAGCUGGAUCUGACAGAGCGAGCCUUUUCUCUUCAGAAGCCGGUAGACACCAGCCAGUCUGUGUGUCGUCAUGACAAAGCCACGCUAGUCAUGAGCUUUGGGGAUGUUGAUGAUUUGAGAGGUCUGUCCAUCAGACUGCAGCUAUCCAACACUUUUUACGAGUCUUCAGGUCGGUGGUGGUUCUCAGUGGACAGUGUCUCCCUGGUCUACAACACCUCAGAAGAGGCUGCCUUCAAUACCAGCGAUGUGUAUGCUCCAGCUUCCUCUUCCUAUCGCUGCCUCCAUGUCAGCAGUUUGCAGCGAUAUAGUGGCCUGCUGCUGCCCAGCACUGACAAAGCGCGUCGCUGGUCCAUCACCUUCAUUGACUUCCAGAUCCAAGCAUUCAACGUGACCUCUGGUAAAUUUUCUCCUGCAAGUGACUGCACCACGAUCCUGACACCAGCGAUCCUUAUGGGUCUCAUCACAUCCCUCAUCCUGCUGCUGGUCCUGGCCUAUGCCCUGCACAUGGUUGUCCAUCUGAAACACAUAGAGCAUGAUGACGAUCAUAAAGCUGACAUUUACUUCCCUCACAGUCCUGAAGAGCUUGAACACUGUUGUGAUGAAAACAUGACUGAGAAAAAUAUUAUGUAGGCUGAACGAUACUUCACAAAGAGACAGCCGAUUUGAUAACAACCCAUACUUCCGGUAUAUAUACUUUCAGCUCAGGAAUUAAUUUUUCUAAAUAAUAUUUAUAAUAUUUAUUCUAUUUUGUUAUUA